GCUGUGCCGUGCCGAGCUGCCGGCGCCGCCGGGAAGAUGGCCGUGUCGCUGCGGUACUUGUGGCCUCUCCUUCUGUGCAGCCCCUGCCUGCUCAUCCAGAUCCCCGACGAAUAUGAAGGAUACCGUGUGAUGGAACCACCUGUCAUCACGGAACAGUCUCCACGUCGCCUGGUCGUCUUCCCCACAGAUGACAUCAGCCUCAAGUGUGAGGCCAGUGGCAAACCUGAAGUGCAGUUCCGCUGGACUCGGGAUGGCAUCCACUUCAAACCCAAGGAGGAACUGGGUGUGACCGUGCACCAGGCACCGCAUUCGGGCUCCUUCACCAUCACGGGCAACAACAGCAACUUUGCCCAGAGGUUCCAGGGCACCUACCGCUGCUUUGCCAGCAAUAAGCUGGGCACGGCCAUGUCCCAUGAGAUCCAGCUCAUGGCUGAGG